AUGCCUGCCGCCCCGAAGCAAAGGAAGAUCGCAGUUGUCGGGAGCCGUUCCGUGGGUAAAUCUUCUCUCACGGUCCGGUUUGUCGAGCACCACUUCGUCGAAAGCUAUUAUCCCACUAUUGAGAAUACGUUCAGCCGAAUUAUCAAGCACGAUGGCCAAGACUACGCAACCGAGAUCGUCGAUACUGCAGGACAGGACGAGUACAGCAUCUUGAACUCCAAGCACUUCAUUGGUAUCCAUGGGUACCUCAUUGUCUACUCUGUCACAUCGCGCCAGUCGUUUGAGAUGGUGCGAGUUAUUCGGGACAAGAUCUUGAACCAUCUGGGAGCGGAUGAAGUGCCCCUGGUUAUCGUCGGCAACAAGAGUGAUCUCAAGCCCGAACAACGACAAGUCUCCCUUGACGAGGGUCGGCAACUGACCGAAGAACUCAACUGUGCAUUCACCGAGGCUAGUGCCUUCCUUGACUUCAAUGUCGCCAAGGCAUUUGAUCUGAUGAUCGGGGAGAUUGAGAAGUCUCAAAAUCCCUCACAACCAACUGGUGGCAACAAGUGCAUUUUGAUGUGA